AGUAAAAACACCAACUUGACAAAACAUCACUUAUCAUCAAAAAAUUUUGAGCCUUUUGAGCGUUGAAGGUUUCAUACCAACAUGAAGAAAACAAACAUGAAAUUUUGUAAAUGUCAAAGUCUCUUCGCAAAAACUUUUUGUCUUGUCUAAAAUAUUGUUCCACGUCCUCAACCAAAUAAAUAUGUUAAAACUUAACUUAAAUUACAAUUUAUAACACUGAAUUACAUCGGAUUAGUCAAUUGUUUACAUUUUGAAUUGCUUCGUUUGGUGAAUAUUAACAGUGAUAAGAAAUGGCGAGUCCCAGAACCAGAAGAGUUUUACAAGAUUUGAAGCAAACGAAUGAAAAUAGUAAAUGCUUCGAAUGUGGAACUCACAACCCCCAGUGGGUGUCUGUAACCUACGGCAUCUGGAUUUGCUUAGAGUGUUCGGGAAAGCAUCGUGGACUUGGUGUUCACCUUUCAUUUGUACGUUCUGUGACUAUGGACAAGUGGAAGGACGUUGAGCUGGAAAAAAUGAAAGCAGGUGGGAAUCGAAAUGCACGUGAAUUUCUCGAUGACCAGCCCGAUUGGAAUGAUUCACUGCCGAUUCAGCAACGGUAUAACAGCAAAGCCGCUGCAUUAUAUCGAGACAAAAUCUCAACAUUAGCCCAAGGCAAGUCCUGGAGUCCAUCAAGUUCGUCUGCUCAAAAUUAUCAGAGUUCAAGUGUGAACGCUUACGAAACAAAGGGUGGAAAUAGCGGAUCAUUCCAGAAUAGUAAUUCUUAUCAAGAUUUCGGUGGUUAUCAGGACAGUGGUAGUGGAUAUCAGAAUAUGGUCAACACGCCCGAAUUUAAAGAGCAAAAAGAGAAUUAUUUCUCGAAAAUACAAGACCAAAACGCUAUGCGCCCAGACAAUGUACCACCGAAUCAAGGGGGAAAAUAUUCGGGAUUCGGUUAUUCUCGCGAGCCACCACCGAAAAGUCAAUCGCAAGAAUUGAUUGACUCAACGGUAUCAUCAUUAGCAUCGAGUUUUAGUUGGUUGUCGGCUGGUGCCGUGAAAAUUGCUGCAACGGCGAAGGAUAGUGCAUCGCGAUACAGCAAUAUAGCAUCACAAAAGGUUAAAGAUGGCACAUUGGUAGAAGAUUUAAGCUCGCAAGUAACGAAUUUAGCUUCCAAGGUUGGCGACUUCAGUAAAAAGGGUUGGAGUUCACUAUCUGGCAGCAAUGUUUCUUCACCGCAAGGAGGAUAUGGAUCUGGUCAAAAUGGUGACGCCCCCACGGAAGGAUAUCAAUCUAAUCGACAUUCAAAUGCAUACGACGGUCUACCAUCUAAAGACGAUGAUUUCGGCUGGGACAACAAUAAAUACAAUUCUUAUCAAUCAGCAUCUCCGACCACGGAAGACAAUUGGAAUGGAUUCGAGAGCAAAGCAACGGAGAAACGAAAAGAAUACAAAUCGGAGAACAGUGUCAGUCGAAAAUCCACUCAAUCAGUUGCGUCUCCCGACUUUGAUGGGUUUGAUGUGAAAACGUCCAAGCCGAAAACUGUUGCUGGUAAAACGAAAAAAAUUGAGGACGACGCCUGGGAUUUGUUGAAUAAUUGAAAUGUUUCGUUUAAAUUGAAUUGAUCACUGAAAAUUGCUAUAGGAUGAAUUAAACUAAAGAUAUCUGUCUGUAUCAUCAUUAUAAAUUAUGCCCAUUUUAACAACAUUAUAUAUGAAGAAGAAAAGAAUUUUAUUGGAUUGAUGGAAGUUGUAAAAUCAAUGUAAAAAGCUUCGGCUCAUUAUUAAAGUGUCAAAAAAAUCCAAA